GACUCACCCUUGGUUUGUUCUGGUGUUCGCUUGUCCUUCAAAUCACGGUUUCGACACACUUGUUCUUUUGUGUCCAACUGUCUCCGCGGCUACGAGUACAACAUGGGUCAGCCCUCUUCAGCUCCUUGACUCACUUACCACAAAGACACCUUGGUCGUAAACCACUUUACUUGGCUUCACAGUCUCGCCAAUGGCUUCCGCUAUUUCCGAUUCAAUCUAGCCUGGCCCUCUGAUCCGUACUAUGAGCAUCUUCUCCAGAAACCUCAAACGCGGCGCUACUGAAGAGGGAAUUGCAACAAAGACCCUGAGACGAGAUGGUCAUUGCUCGACCGCUUGGGCCAUCAUGGGCCUCUGCGCUAAGUCUCGCCUAGUGAUCACGCGCAAGCCACGAUUUUCUAAGCCUUGCUCUCCUCUUCAACCACUACCACAGUUCUCUACCGUCACAACCUUCGCACUGUUCUCAUGUAACCUCACAGAUCCCUCGACCCGACCCGCAUGCCAUAGGGUGAAACAACGCAAUGAGGGUAUUCCAACUAUAGCUACAGCGAUACUUGCUCAAUUACAGAGUCUCGUGAUGAGCAGAAAAGGUUCUCCAGCUGUAUGAUGGACAGUCCCCAAUAGGUUAUCCUACUACGGAAUGGCAAAAAAGCAGUAGGGCUUCAGGAUGUGACAUUGGCAACUGAGGAGACUAUCUUCAGCCGCUUCGUUCACCGCAAUGUGCUAUCGUGAGCUCUCACGGCCUUGCCAUUGUUCUCUAAGAUAUGUCCAUUGAAACGUCAACCUCGACCUGCGCUGUCUACAAGGUCCGAUGGUCCCUCGAUUUGUAGAACUCGGAUAUGGCUGCGGUUACCGAUUUGUCGAUACCUGAACGAGCACUCAUCUGUAUGCAAUAAGAAAUUUGUUCCCAACAACAGCCUCCCCAGUCUCAGACACACGGUCGAUGGUGCCGAAUCAAGACUCUGUCCUCCGAUAAACAAUCAAG